AUGUCAUCUUCUUCUGAGAGUGGAGUGUCCGACACGAUAGACCCUAUGGCCAUUGUCUCAGAUGACGAGAUAGCCACAGACCCAGAGGGUUUUACAUCAGAUACCAUGAGCGACGACGACGAUGACUUUCAACCCUUCACCUUACCAGAUUUUAGAGAUGACACACCUAUAGCUGAUGGUUUUCAUGAUGGGGAUCUACCUCUUGCCCAGAUCCCUACUCCUUUUCCUCUGGCUGCAUUUUCUUUGGAGGAUUUGCCUCUUGAUCAUAUGUCCGACGACGACAUCGAUCUCUAUAUCGAGGGUCCCCCUGAGGAUGCCCAGGAUGGCGGGGCUCCGGUUGAUGAUGAUGUUGCUAUUCCCCUUGUUGAGAUUCCGGUCGAUGAUGACAUUGUUGUCCCUGUUGAUGAGAUUCCAGUUGUCGACGCCAUUGUUUUUCCACCUGUCGAGGUUCCUGUUGUGGAGGUUUUAUCUGACCUGUCUGGUCCUGACUCGUUUGUGUCUGUAUCAUCCGCUACUUUACACGCACGGGGCGUGCAGCAUUACCCCACUGACACUGAUUCCGACAUGGCAAUUUCUGCUGCACCCAUUUUUCCACAUGACUUUGACCCAGAUCAUGAGAUUGAGUUUGUACCUGAUGAGCACCCUUUUGAGGCACCUGUCAUUCCUGACGAUCAACUCUUCGAUAUACCCGCUGAUCAUGAGCUUGCUCCAGCUGACCCAGAGCCUGAGAUUGCACCAGAGCCUAUACUUGCUCACGACCCUUUACCUGUGCAUGACCCUAUCCCUGUUGACAUACCAGUUGUUGCGCCACCCUUUCCUGACCCGAUCCCUGUACUUGUUAACCGUGCUCCAUUUGCUACCCAUGUGGACCCCAGAUAUGCUCACACCCGCAAUGGGUGGAUGGAGGACGACGACGACUAUCCUCCUUUUGUCAGACCAGUUACUCCCCCACCUGCAUCUACCCAGGCGCCCAUUGAUGUCAUCCAGUUUCACCCACACUUGUCAGAUGCGCACCGCACAUAUUUUCCAGUCACAUUUCUUCAGGAUAUCCCUCCUCCCCGUCCCGGGGAAGGACCUUCGAGUCAGCAGGCCAUUCACGUACCUUUUGUGUCAGCAGCCGACCAUUUCAUGCCACAGUUCACACACGCUGCUCCUUCUUCUGCACCCACGGGCGAGCCAUUUAUGUGGUUUCCGCCCAACGUGAUGCCUAUAUCUGAUCCAUACCAUCCCUUCCACAUUGGAUACUCGAGGGACGGUCUGCUUUUAUCCUUGCAGCUCCAGCAGGAUAUGUUGAGUCGUAGAGUCACUGAGCUGGAGAGGAUCCCGCGUCCUCCACCUGGUGCUGGUCCAUCACAGUUUGCUGCUCCACUUGCUCCACUAUUUCCUUACCCGGAUUUCGACAUCCGAUUUCUUACUAUGGAGCAGCAGAUUUGCUGUUUGUUGCAGCUUGUUCAUACUCUCGAUGAGGAGUUAGCGCGUAUGUGCCAUUUUCUUUUCAUUCCUCCACCUCCUCCUCCCCCAUCAGCUUAG